AUGGCGAAUACAUCCCCCAAGUACAUCAAUUACCCGCGGCUGUGCGCAUUUGCAGCAUCCCUUGCCAGUACGCACAUGCGGAAUUCUGUUCGGAACUAUCUCUCUGCUGUACGUGCCUGGCACAUCAUCCACGAUGUACCCUGGAAAGGUCACCAUCGUUUAACCUACAUACUGAAUGGAGUCGAGUGUAUGCAACCGGAUGGCAGACCUCCUCAGCCUCCCGUCACCCGUGAUAUGCUUGAACUCCUCCAUAUUGACCUUGACGAUCACAUUCCGGAGAACGCCUGCAUCCUAGCAGCCGCAGACACGGCAUUCUGGACUCAGUCCCGACUGGGUGAGCUCUUCGCAAAAAACCGGUCUACAUUCGACCCGCAUCGUGUACCAGCUCACUCACACUUGUCCCCGCCGUCGACACUGAAUGGUUCCCGCACUCUAUUCUACCCCUACACGAAGACGAAAAAGUAUGCUGGCGACAAGUCCUCCGUCACACGGCAGCUGGGCAAAUCCAACCCCAUUGAGUCUUUGCACAUUCAUCUCGCUCGCAAUCACGCCGCGAAUGACAGCCCACUUUUCUCCUUCUUCACGCGGACUGGCGAUCUCGUCUGUUUGAUGAAACGACAUUUCCUCACCGUCUAA